AUGGACAAGGACAGGGACUACGACCCGAACGCCCCGGACGAGGAGGGCGAUGAGGCCUUUGCCGAGGGAGCCAUCGAGGACGACGACGUCCCGGUCCAGGAGUACGAGUCCGCGGACGAGGAUGACGAGGAGGACCGCCACCGCGCCGAGGUGGCGCGCAAGGAGCGGGAGCGUCUCAAGAAGAUUGAGAACUCGCGCAAGGCCAAGAUGGACAUGAUGCACGCGGCGGCGAACAAGGAGGCGGCCGCGGGGGGCGCGGCGCGCUCGCAGCACCGCCUGCACUUCCUCAUGCGCCAGGCGGAGAUCUUCCAGCACUUUGCGCCCAACCUCGGCUCGGAGGGCAAGAAGGGCGGCAAGGGCAAGAAGAGCGGCGCGCGCGGGCACCGCGGGGAGCACGGCGAGGCCGACGAGGACGCGGAGCUGCUCGCGGAGGUGGAGAUGGACGAGGACCGCGCGCAGCACCGGCUGGACGUGCAGCCCAAGUGCAUCAAGGGCGGCGAGAUGCGGCCGUAUCAGAUGCAGGGUCUGAACUGGAUGAUCCACCUGUACGACAACGGCAUCAACGGCAUCCUGGCGGACGAGAUGGGCCUGGGCAAGACGCUCCAGACGAUCAGCCUGCUCGGGUACCUGCGGGAGUUCCGCGGCAUCAAGGGCCCGCACCUGGUGGUGGUGCCCAAGUCGACGCUGGGCAACUGGAUGAACGAGUUCCGGCGGUGGUGCCCGGACAUCCGGCCGGUGAAGUUCCACGGGACGCAGGAGCAGCGCGCGGUGAUGAAGGAGGAGACGGUCGUGCCGGGGCGGUUCGACGUGUGCGUGACGUCGUACGAGAUGGUGAUCAAGGAGCGCAACCACUUCAAGCGCUUCCACUGGCGGUACAUCAUCAUCGACGAGGCGCACCGCAUCAAGAACGUCAACAGCCGGCUCUCGCAGGUCGUGCGGCUGUUCAAGACGAACUACCGCAUGCUCAUCACCGGCACGCCGCUGCAGAACAACCUGCGCGAGCUGUGGGCGCUGCUCAACUUCUUGGUGCCCGAGGUGUUCACGAACGCGGAGAAGUUCGAGGAGUGGUUCCAGCUCGGCGACGAGAACGAGUCCGAGGUCGUCCAGCAGCUCCACAAGCUCCUGCGGCCCUUCCUCCUGCGCCGGCUCAAGUCGGACGUGGAGAAGGGACUCCCCCCGAAGAAGGAGCUCAUCCUGAAGAUCGGGCUGACGGAGAUGCAGAAGAAGCAGUACGCCGCGCUGCUGCAGAAGGACAUGGACGCCAUCACGGGCGGCGCCGAGCGCUCGCGGCUGCUCAACAUCGUCAUGCAGCUGCGCAAGUGCUGCAACCACCCCUACCUCUUCGAGGGCGCGGAGCCCGGCCCGCCGUACCUCACGGGCGAGCACCUCGUGGAGAACUCGGGCAAGAUGGUGCUGCUCGACCGCCUCCUCCCGAAGCUGCAGUCCCGCGGCUCGCGCGUGCUCAUCUUCAGCCAGAUGACGCGCGUGCUCGACAUCCUGGAGGACUACGCGCUGUACCGCGGGUACAAGUACUCGCGGAUCGACGGGAACACGUCCGGGGACGACCGCGAGAACGCGAUCGACUCGUACAACGCGCCCGGGUCGGAGAAGUUCAUCUUCCUGCUGUCGACGCGCGCGGGCGGGCUGGGGAUCAACCUGACGACGGCGGACACGGUGGUGCUGUACGACAGCGACUGGAACCCGCAGAUGGACCUGCAGGCCAUGGACCGCGCGCACCGGAUCGGGCAGACGCGCGAGGUGUCGGUGUACCGCUUCUGCACGGAGGGCACCAUCGAGGAGAAGGUCAUCGAGAAGGCGUACAAGAAGCUGCGGCUGGACGCGAUGGUGAUCCAGCAGGGGCGGCUGGCGGAGAACACGAAGAGCGUGAACAAGGACGAGCUGCUCUCCAUGGUGCGCUACGGCGCGGAGCUCAUCUUCAGCAGCAAGGACAGCAGCAGCAUCACGGACGAGGACAUCGACGCGAUCCUGGCGCGCGGGGAGCAGCAGACGAAGGAGCUGAACGACAAGAUGGCGCAGUUCACGGAGCAGGCCAUGAAGUUCUCCCUCGACGGGGACCUCUCGGUGUACGAGUACAAGGACCCCGACGCGGACGAGGGGCCCAAGGACCUCGGCGUGGACCUGAAGGCGCUGAUCGCGGCCAACUGGGUCGAGCCGGCGAAGCGCGAGCGCAAGAAGAUGUACAACGAGACGGAGUACUUCCGGCAGGUGAUGGGCGCGCCGGCGCCGAAGAAGCGCGAGGUGGUGUGGGUGAAGCGCGUGCCGCUGAACGACUUCCAGUUCUUCGACCGCGAGCGCGCGGAGGCGCUGUACGCCAAGGAGGAGGCCUACCUCAAGCACCGGGCCUUCAUGGAGGAGCGCGAGGAGCAGAUGCGGCGCGACGACCUCCCGCCGGAGGUGGUCGGCAUCGAGCUGGAGCAGAUGGUAGCUGAGGCGCCGCCGCAGCUGACGGACGAGGAGCGCGCGGAGCGCGAGGAGAUCAUCUCGCGCGGGUUCCGCGACUGGACCAAGCGCGACUUCCAGGCCUUCGUGCGCGGGUGCGAGCGGUACGGGCGCAACGAGGUGCGCGACAUCGCGCGCGAGGUCGAGGGGAAGAGCGAGGCCGAGGUCCGCGCGUACCACGAGGUCUUCUGGAAGCGCUUCAAGGAGCUGGACGAGUGGGAGCGCAUCCUCAAGGCCAUCGAGCGCGGGGAGGCGCGCAUCCAGCGCCACAGCGACAUCGCGCGCCUGCUGCGCCGCAAGGUCGAGGCGUACGGCGACCCGCUCAACGAGCUCCGCAUCGCGUACGGCCCGUCCAAGGGCAAGGCCUACACCGAGGAGGAGGACCGCUUCAUUCUGUGCGCGGUGAACGAGCUGGGCUACGGCCGCUGGGAGGAGGUCAAGGCGGAGAUCCGGCGCUCGUGGCGGUUCCGGUUCGACUGGUUCAUCAAGAGCCGCAGCCCGCAGGAGCUCGCGCGGCGGUGCGACACGCUCAUCCGCCUGGUCGAGAAGGAGCUGGAGGACGAGGGCGGGAAGAAGCGCGACGCGGGGGACAAGAGCACCGCGCCGAGCGGACCCGCCACCGCCGCGCCCAGCGCCGCGCCGAGCGAGAGCGGGAAGAAGCGCGCCGGGAGCGAGGACGCCGGCGGCGACAGCAAAAAGGUCAAGGUCGCCGCGUGA